AUGGGUAUUGAACUUGAAACCCAGCUGCAAAACAAAGAUCUCUUUGUCCUCACCUAUGGAGCUCUGGUUGCCCAACUGUGUAAAGAUUAUGAAAAAGAUGAAGAUGUGAAUAAAUAUUUAGAUAAAAUGGGAUAUGGCAUUGGAACACGGCUGGUGGAAGAUUUUUUGGCUCGAUCUUGUGUAAGAAGAUGCCACAGUUACUCAGAAAUUACAGAUAUAAUUGCCCAGGUUGCCUUUAAGAUGUACCUGGGAAUUACACCAAGUGUGACCUGUAACAAUCCAAGCAGAACUGAAUUUUCCCUGAUCUUAGACAAGAAUCCUCUGGUGGAGUUUGUGGAAGAGCUCCCUGCCGGGCGAUCGUCUCUGUGCUACUGCAAUUUACUCUGUGGGAUUAUCAGAGGUGCCCUGGAAAUGGUUCAUUUGGCUGCUGAUGUUACAUUCUUGCAAGACACACUGAAAGGCGACCGUGUGACAGAAAUAGGAAUAACAUUUCUGAAAAAGCUAGAUGAGAAAAAAUACAGACGGAAAAAAUGAAGAAUUGCAUGCAAAACGCCACAGGGUGGCCAUUUGAGGAGUUCAUAUUAUCUAAACAUACGUAGCCAUAGAAAUUUUGAAUUGUUUAAUAAUAGCAUGGGAUUUAAAAGCCUUCUAUAUCCAUGAGAAAUUUGAAGUGCAGAGCACUAGGAGUUAAAGCUGUUUUCUUUCUUUGUUUAUAAAUCACACAUUUUUAAUCCUAUGUCCAUAAGAUUACAUCUACAAAUAACUCUUCAUAAGAUGGGAUACAUGAAUUUCACAUAUCAUAUAGUUCAUCCUAACAGAGUCUAUUGAUUUCAUUUACUUAUGGCAAUGAAAAAAAAUCACAACCAGCUACUCAGUUAGUAUAUCUACCCAUUCUCAUUGGAAAAUAGAUGAAAUGAUACAAUAUAGAGUUCACUAUAUAGAGAUAAUUUCUAGAUACUGUAUAGAAACAGUGCCAUUUAUAAUACCUUUCCAUCUUUUUGAGAAACUAUGGAUACGAUUUCUCUCAUAUAUUGGCUUGUUAAUCACUUUAGCCUCCCAAAGUUGCUCUCUCUUGAUUUAUAAAUACCAAGGCAAGCUGUUUAUUUGGACGUUAAUUUUAAAAUAUUUUUAAAUAGCAUUUAAUUUUAAUUAACUUAAUUUUUAGAUAGUAUUAACCACAUUUCUUCCUUUUCUCAUGAAAUAUUGCCAAUGGUCAAGCCAGAAAAUCUCUAAAAUGAGAGGUCAAUAAUGUUUUUUUGAAAGUACUUUCUUACCCCAAAGCUUAUUAAGUUAGAAAUUUUGCUGUCAUUUUUAUCCCCUAAACACCUUACAAAGCAUACUUUGUGCCCAGAACAUGUUUAACAUUCAAAAUGUACUGGACACAAUAAUCGUUACCAGACCAUCAGCAUACAGGUAGCCUAUAUGGCGGUCUGGGAUCUAGUGGGAUCUUCAGAGAACUGAAAUUACAAGUAAGCUAUAAUUAGUAUGGGCCCAUCAGUUAAAACUGGUGUGAUAUGAGAGUGGUAGACUUCAGUUGGACUUGGGAGCCUGAAGACACUAUCCCUCCAGCCUGAAGACACUAGUCGCUUUCUAGUGGAUUCAGGUGAUCCUAAUUAGUGGCUGAUCUUGGGAAAGGCACAUAGUCUCUCAGGCACACUCUCUCUCAUCUGUAAAAUGGCACGGUUGGACAUGAUACAUAUCUUAAAUUAUAUAAAUGAGUUUGAAUGGCAUCAAGAACCACUGUAGGGCCCCUGAGUGGCUCAGUCGGUUAAGCAUCUGACUCUAGAUUUCGGCUCAGGUCUCACGGUGUCUGAGUUUGAGCUGACA